AUGUCUCGUCCUCCGGUACUCGACUCAUUCAACCCCUUUGCGGUCCACCCAUUUACCAACAGUGCUUGCUUAGCGUCAUACAACAAACCCCACAAUCCUAGUGAGACCAUGUCCGAGGCGAACAUCUCGCCGCCGCCACAGGUCAUAUUUCCGAUACCCCAGCGAGCCUCCAAACAGAACUUUCUAUCUGUGCAAAAUUCGAAGCCUAAACCCGUAUUCGUUCCAUUCAGAAAAGAAACGGCGUCUCCCGAGCUUUAUGUCAGGCAUCCUAACAGAAAAUGGAAUUGA